GAUGGCGCUGUGGUCCACGUCUCGUACAAACAAAGGCGGAACAGACAGGCCCGUGCAGCACAACAGCGAAAUCUACUGCACUUUUUUUAUGCGUUUUUAGCGAGAAGAGGGCUGGUACACUGUAGAAGAUGACAUCUUUACGGAAAGAAAAUAAUGGGACACCAUGAGAUACUGAUGCUUAACAACACUCUUCAAACGUACACUGAAAAUUUGUAAAGCUACUGCAAGACCAUGGUCGAUAAUCGUUACGCCACGGCUCUCGUGAUCGGCUCCGUGCUGAGCCUGCUGGCCUCUGUGUACCUGUCUGUGGCUGUGGGGACUCAACACUGGUACCAGUUCAACAGCCCGCCCAUCAAACACGAGACGAGCAAUGUGUCCGAGCUCAGGGAGGAGUUCAUCAAUGGAGAAUUUGAUGAGAAGAGCUACAGUGAGACCAUGUUCCGCCUGAAUGGGACCCUCGGGCUGUGGUGGAGGUGCAUCCAGGUGCCCAGCCAGUCCCACUGGUUCAAAGAGCCAGAUCCCAAACUGGAAACUCAGUGUGUCAGCUUCACUCUUCAGCAGCAGUUUUCCUCAAAAUAUAAACAUCCUGGAAACCACAAUGGUGAAGAGGAUCUCCUAAGAACAUACCUGUGGAGGUGCCAGUUCCUUCUGCCCUUGGUGUCACUGGCUUUAGUGUUUCUCAGUGGGCUGGUUGGAGUGUGUGCCUGCCUGUGCCGCAGUUUCACCCCUACUCUGGGGGUUGGAGUCCUCCACCUUCUGGCAGGUCUGUGCUCCUUGGGUUCGGUGUGUUGUUUCCUGGCCGGUGUAGACCUCCUCCGUCAGUUUAUCACACCUCCAGAGGGAGUGGAUGGGUCACUCGGGUGGUCCCUUUACCUUGCUCUUAUUUCCUUCCCUUUGCAAAUGAUGGCUGCUGCUCUGUUUCUGUGGGCUGCCCGAAGUCACCGCAGAAACUACACACGCAUGACAGCCUACAGAGUGGCCUAAUACUUUAUACCAGCUCCAUUGACUUCCAUAUUAAUAGUGAACUGAAAAUCACAUGUAACUGCAAUGUUUUUUCUUACAUGGAACAACAUAUAUGAAGAAAAGUCUGUAGCCACAAAGAGAUCCCUCAUUUUGAUAUAUUCAUCUUUUGUUUAUAUUUUUUAACCAGAGUUUCCUCUAAAUUUGAGAUUUUUAUUUUUGUGUGUGAUGCCUUUGUUGUAUUGCUAAGCUGCUCACCAUAUUGUCCUUAUUGUGCUUGCUUGCCACUUUUGACUUGUUAAAUUAUUUGUCUUUAUUUGAAACAUUUAGCAUAUGUUUCCUGUGCAUGCCUUUAACUGCAAUGUUUUGCAAACUGUGGUACUUGGUUUUCUGUGGUAAUUUACGUUACUAUUUACAAGUCUUGAAAAGACAGCCGUCUGUUUUGGUAGAGUAAUAUUGAUACCAAUUUCAUUCACUAUUGACUUUCUAGAUCACUCUGAGAUGUGUUAAUGGGCUCUUUGCACAACAGCACCCUGCAAACCCACUGUUAGUGUCACUACUUCCUGUCCAGGUUUAUCUCCAUGAGGCUUUUGCCAAGUCACGCUAAAAUGAUUAAAUAUUUAAAGAUAAGGCAGUGGAGCUGUGGAUGGAUGUCACUGACAUACUAAAAACUAACGUAACAAAUAAAAUGAUUACUUCACCUGAGGACACAGAAAUGUUUGACUCAAUGCUAAUACUGAGGCAUAAUAAAUAUUAAAACAACACCACAAACUGAAGUAUUCUACAUAUAAAAAUAAUUGGGUAGUCUUUAUUUUAAUUCAUUUUAAUUUUAAUAGGUAGUUUAUUUAAUAUUUUCUGAUUUGAAAAAACGUGACUGUUGGCUUUGAGACACAGUGAGCUAGUGGAGUAUUUAGAGCACACAAUGACAUAUGUCCUGGCUACACUUUGCAAGUCAAAGCUCAACCAAUAUGAACACCUUCAAAACAGGAGGGAUACGUAGUCGCCAAAACAAAUAUAUACUUCUUAUACUUAUUUUUAUAUUGUUGCUUGAUUAACUUUGCAAAUGUCCUCAGUAUAAUUUAACAGUAAAAAUGUUGAUGUUAUCAUUAUGUUGUUCUACAUCAUAAAUUUGUGCUGUCCUUUGUAGAAACCAAAGCACAUUCCAUUUCCAUAUUAAUAAACCAGACUUCUUACAAAU